AUGAGCAAGAACAAUGAUGAUCAUCUAAUAAAAAGUGACAACCAUUCUUGUGGCUAUAGAGGUCGAUCGAAAUCAUCCAUAGUGCGCGAUUCAAAUGGUUCUGCUAGUACUUUUAGACGAUUUUAUCAAAGUGGCGGAAGAGAUUAUGAACAAUAUCGUCGUUGGCUUAAAACAUUAUCCGAAUCUGAGCAGCAAUCAUCACCAAUGAAUUCAUCCAAUGAAAUGAUUCAACAGCCUAGAAAUAUCGAAUCCAAUGUAAACAGUGAAUUACGUCGCGUAUCAAUAUCAUCAUCAUCAAAAUUCUAUCCACAACAGUUUACAUCAGCGCCAAAAAUUACACACGUCUAUCCAUUAUUGAAACCAAUUCGCCACCGUGUACCCCUAAAAAGAAAUUCUGAACUCUCAUUACCAUUGCCGACAUUUUUGUCUUCGCUAUCGACAGCAACAUCGUUCGAAUCACAUAAUGCUUUUCCACGCGAAUGUUUUCAUAUUAAAACCGAAUCUAUUUCUUCUCCAACGCCAUUUACUGAUUGGUCUGUAACCGAUGUCGUUCAUUUUAUUAAACAACAUUUUCCCGAAAAACAUAUAGCUCGAAAAUUUAUGCAACAAAAAAUUGAUGGGAGUACACUACCAUUGUUAACUGAAGAUCAUUUAACCAGAAUAUUUAAAAUGAAACUUGGCCCAGCAUUACAUCUACUUACUCUUAUAUCUACUAUGCAAAUGCAUAAUUUUUCGAAUAAUAUCGAACGAUGA